GUGGGAGGGGUGCGGAAGAAGGGCCGGGAAGGGAGGCGGGGGGCGGAGCGGCUGAGCCACGGAGUUGCCUACCAACUCCGAGGAGCUCCAGCUUAGACAAGCGGAGCGGUCUGGAGCCUCCGGGAAGGAGGGUGGUUUACUGCUCGCCUUGUCGGGGUUCCUCACGUGUCCGUGUCGCGCGCGGGAGGAGGGGGCGCGGGUGCAAGAGGCCUGCGAGGGUGGGGUGCAGCGGGCGGCUAGCCCACGGACCGGCACCAUGGGCUGCUUCUUCUCCAAGAAGCGGAAGCCCGAGAAGGAGCAGCAGCAGCAGCAGCAGCGGCAGCAGCCGGCAGAGGAAGCGGGGGAGCAGCAGCCACAGAAGCAGUACAGCUGGGAUAAGCGGGAAAAGGUUGAUCCAAAAGACUAUAUGUUUAAUGGCUUGAAGGAUGAAACAGUAGGUCGCUUACCUGGGAAAGUUGCAGGACAGCAGUUUGUCAUUCAAGACUGUGAGGCCUGCAACAUCUACAUCUUUGAUCACUCUGCUACAAUCACUAUUGAUGACUGUACAAACUGCAGAAUCUUUCUGGGACCUGUAAAAGGCAGCAUAUUUUUCCGGAAUUGCAGAGAUUGCAAGUGUGUAGUAGCCUGCCAGCAGUUUCGUACUCGGGAUUGUAGAAAGCUAGAAGUCUUCUUAUGUUGUGCUACCCAACCCAUUAUUGAAUCCUCGACAAGUAUCAAGUUUGGCUGUUUUCAAUUUUAUUAUCCUGAGCUAGCUUUUCAGUUCAAAGAUGCAGGACUAAGCAUCUUCAAUAACACAUGGAGUAACAUCCAUGACUUUACACCUCUGUCAGGAGAAAACAAUUGGAGUCUCUUACCAGAGGAUGCAGUGAUUCAGGACUAUGUUCCUUUACCUACUCUUGAAGAGCUCAAAGCUGUACGAAUUUCUACUGAUGCCAGUAGAAGCAUUGUUCCAAUAACCCGUGGUCAGAGGCAGAAGAUUAGUGAUGAAUCCUGUUUGGCUGUGUUAUUUGCUGGUGAUUAUACUACUGCAAAUGCCAGGAAAUUAAUUGAUGAAAUGCUUAGCAGAAGUUUUUUGCUGGUUCAGACAAAGGAAGUAUUAAUGAAACCUGAGGAUGCUCAGAGAGUUUUCCAAGAAAGAGCACCUGAUUUCAUUCCUUUCCUGGAAAAAGGUCCUGUUAUUGCUUUGGAGUUCAAUGGAGAUGGUGCAGUAGAAGGGUGCCAACUCAUCAUAAAUGAUGUUUUCAAUGGGACCAAGAUGUUUGUGUCAGAAAAUAAAGUAGCAGCUUCUGGAGAUGUCGAAAGCUUCUAUAACUUUGCUGAUCUGCAAAUGGGGAUGUGAAGUACAGUAUGGAACCAUUACUCUGACAUGAAGCCCAUAUUUUCAACUUGUUUUAUGUAGAUUUUUAAUAGCAUAAUUUUCUGCACUAGAAGUAUUUUUUUUUACAAAUACCGAGAUGUCAAAAUAAUAUUUUUUUUGGAAGAAUCUGUUUAGGAUGACAUGAUUUACUUGAUGAAAAAUAGAUAGUCCUUCUUAAAAUUUACAUUUAAUGGAUUUUAAGCACUUAAAUCCUCUUCCCAUUGUCUGUUCUUCUCUAGAACUUGAAAAUUCACUUUCCCAAAACUAUAAUUUAAAUGAACUGUCAAUGAAACAUCUACAGAAAGUUCUAGGAAGUGAAUAAAAUGUAGCAUAGAAUUUAGAACUUGGAAGAUGCCUAAGAUCCUUUACUGGAAUCCAUUUCAUAAAUGAGAAAACUAAACUUGGCUCUUAGUGGAAUUGCUAAUGGUCCUAUAUGUUUACUAUAUGUAAACAGCAAAACUGGUAUUUGAAAUCAGAUUCUCCCUUUCUGAAUCCAUUAUUUUUUUCCACUAUUCCACACUAGAUGAAACUUAACCAAAACAUGUUAAUGUGAUGGCCAUUUUUUAAACAUUGGCAUCUAAAGAGAGCAUAUUUGGAAUUUUGUAUAAUUUUACUUAUUUUUUUAUAGUACUGUCAGAAAAAAAAACCUAAAAUUUCAUUAAGUACCUUAACUAAACUAUUUAAACCCCUGAUAAUUUAGUCUAUCACCUUCAUUCAAUGGAAGGACUUUUGCAUAGCCCAUUAUUUAUUUGAGUAUCUCUUCUUUUUAGGGAGAUUCGUUUCCUUGUCUAUAUAUUUGUUCAAAUGGAUCAAGGAAUUUUCAGUUAUCAUGGACAAAGAUUAUAAAAUGAAAUGAUGGCUUUAUAAUUGCAAAAUAAAACAAGUAGGUUGGGGCUUCUGGAUUUAUUGCUAUGUAAACUAAAGUUGUCAAACAAAUCAAUCAAUGGGUAUUAAAGUUAUUUCGCCAAAUAAUUACCCCAAUCCCAGCAUAGCACAACUUUCCUAAGGAAAGACACACAACAGUGGUCAACUUUGGAACUAAAAUUUUUACAAAUCCUUUGGAGGGAGCAUGGAAGCAAGAAAGAUACAACUUUGUGACACACAAAAUAAGUGCUGCCCAAAAAUAAGACAUCUCAUCUGAUAACAGUACACCAUUAAUAUAUUGAUUACCAAAAAGCCAAAUAAAUUUGUUUUCAACAAAAUAUUCUUUCUACAUUUAAGACACAAUAUUAAAGUAACUUUUCAAACUAUCUAGAUUGUAAGUGUAAGUGUUUGGGGUAGAGGGGAGUACAUUGUAACCUAACAUCACUCAGUUCAGAAAUGUCUUAAUAGGCUUAGGAAGAAUUAAAUUUAAACUUUCCAAGAGAUUUACAGGAAGGUGCUUCAUUUUCAUAAGUUUGGGGGGGGGGAAAUGGAAUAAUGCCAUUUUGAUAAGCUUAAGUACAGAAAAUAACUAUUUCCAAAAAUUAUUUUCAAGGUGAUUAUAAAAUGCCAACAUUUAAAUCAUUACAUAUAUUCUUCAUUACAUUUAAUAAUAAUUUGAGAUAUCAUUCCCAACUACUGUCAUAAAUAUAUGCUUAUAGUCAAAGAUAAUGCAGUGUAAAGACCACACACUGGUACCCAGAGAACCUCUACUAUAUACCUAAUAUUGUGCUGACUUUUUUGCAUUUUAUUUCUUCAACUUUGAUGAGACCAGAUAAUUCUGUAAGAUCAAGUUAUGCUCUGACUAGGAAAUGGUUUCUUAAAGUUAGAAGUAAAGAUCAGUAGUUAUUUAUUACUGUUUUGGUCAUAACUAAAUGAAUACUUAGUAAUCAGUUUAGUUGAAUGAAAAAAAGACAUUUUGAAAUAAAGAACUAUUUGAAAUUCUAAUCAUGCUUAAAUGAUAAUAAAUCUACUAUUAUCAUUAUGCCUUUUAAAACCAGAAUCUUAAUUUUUGCAAACUGAAAUCCACUGUUGUAUAAAACCCUUUGGUUUUUUAUCUUUUCUCAGAUAUUCAAGUACAAGUUUAGAAAUAUGCUGUAUAAUUGAGGUGUUAAUUUUUAAUUUUAUCAUAUAUGUUUAGCAUUUUGAUUAAUCAGUCUAAAACUGUAUAUACUUCCCUUAUUUUAAGUAGAUACUAUUUAUGUUCUUCUGAACAUAAAGACUUGGCUUUUAUGAAAAAUAUUUUGAUUUCUGAUUAUUUGAAGGAUUAAAAAAUUAAAUGAAGUUAUAUUCUAGCAUAAUUUCUUUCACUAUUAACUUUGGUAAUAUCUGACUAUACAGCAUUUCUUUUUAGAAUUGCUUUCCAAUUCAUGAGUACUUAUUGUAAUGAAUGUCAAUUCAUUUUCCUAAUAUGUUAUAUUUAAAUUUCCUACUAGCUUAUGUCUCUUGUAUAUUACCUGCUUUAUACAACUUUUGUAUAUUUAAUGUCUAGUUUUUGUAUAUAUUUCAUGUAGCAUUUGUAAAAUGUAGUUCAUAAUAAACAUUGUUAAAAAUAAAAUGCCUUAGUACUCACUUAAUAGAUCACUAACAUGUUGCAGUUAUACACCAAGAUUGUGUAUCAUGAUGUGAAUGUUUUAGUAGUAAAAUAAAACCAGAUGAGCCAUG